AUGUUGUGGAAAAGCUUCAAGCCUUCGAUUUCUUGGAUUGAUGAAAAUGGCAAAAGGUUUCUUCUUAAACUUUUUUUGAGUGAAGAAGAAAUUACGGAAUCUAUAAUCAUAAGAUUGAUAGAACUUCAUCGAAGAGAAAGGCAUUCGGAUAAAGCUCGUCUCAAGGUUUUCCAAAAGCAUAUUGGGAUCACUAAGGGUGUGAGAGGCACUUCAAAUGUGGUUUAUGCAUGGUAUGGGGCUCUCACUAAAGUUGUGGAGAAUGUUGUGGCUCAUGGGUUUAGGUUGCCUAGCAAAGUUCCAGCGACUAACGAUUGCAGGGUUGGCGUGUAUUUGCCACCCUUUGGGUUGCCACAAUUGAGUGCAGAGAUGGCAGGUGUUACUGAUGAUAAUGGUGUAAAACAUGUUAUUUUGUGCAUGGUUUUAUUGGAAAAUGUCAAAAAACUGGAAGCAAGAUCUAAACAGCAUAACACAUCUAGUGUGGAUUUUGACAUUAGUUUUGAUGAUCCUAAGAAUCCCAAGUGGUAUUUGUUAUGGUCAAUUAAUGCGAAUAUGCAUAUUCUGUCCGAAUGUGUUAUAGGUUUCAAAUUGUGUUUCCUUGAGAAGUUGAUUUCAAAGAUUAAGAACUCCUUUUUUCCUACCAAAGUGCGAGAAAUAAUGAAUUCAUACAACUCAUUCAAGGCUGGAAUGUUGGCCAAUGAUGCUUUUCUAACACACUAA